CCUGCUCGAUAGCAGGGGGAGCCAGCCCUAAUAUAUAAAGAUAUACUAAUUUUUAUAUAUAUAUUUUCAAUCUCUCUCUGCCAUGGAUGAUCAAGAAUCACCAUCAAUAUUAUCAGAGAACAACAACAACAACAACAUUGAUCAAAAUACUAAUAAUGAUGACUUAUCGAAUAAGCCCAAGGGUUCUCCUCCGUCUUCGGCCGUCAAGAAACGACGGGGAGCGGUGCAACUGAUCAAGGUGGCGUUGUACAUGAUCCGACGUCGUUCCGGGAAGAAUAAGACGGUGGAUGUGACGUCAUCAGGAGGGAGCAUUUGGAACUGCCUUGUUGGAUCCAUGCGCCCUUUGCAUCUCCAGAGCCAUGGCUCUCCAUGUCAUCGUCACUCCAUCCAUGAUGAAAACGACGUCGUUAAAUCAUCAUCAUCACCAUCACCAUCACCAUCACCAUCAUUGAUUCAGACGGCAGCGUCACCGAUGUCUCCCGGUGCCUCGAGCUCCUACUCCUCCUCCUCCUCCGACGAUGAGAUGAGUCGCUACGCUUCGGCGGCGAAUCUUCAGGAGCUCGAUACCGAGAGCCGCUACGCCUCGGCAACGAAUCUUCGGGAGCUUGAUAAUGAUGAUAGCGAAUGUGAUGAUCGUAAAACUAAUAAUAAUAAUAAUUUGUACGACGAAAAUGGUGGAGAUGAGAUGAUUGAUGUCAAGGCUGAAGAGUUUAUUGCUCAAUUCUACAAACAGAUAAGGCUUCAGCGCUUGAACUCAAUGGAUCGCCAUUACAAUGAGAUGAUUCAGAGGUCAAUUGGUUGAAAAUGGUGACCAAAUCAAGGGGGACAGUACAGGUCAUUUUGCACGUACGUCGUUUUUUUUUCCUUUGCAUGCGUGCACGUCGAGUUUUUUAUCUUUCUUUUAUCUCAUUUUUUGGUCAUUUCUUUUUGUUUGUUUGUUUGUUUAUUUAUUUAAUUUUAAUUUUAAAAUUAUGGUAAUUUAUUGUUCAUUAUGGGUCAAGGGAUUCUUGUCGAUUGAGUGGAGGAAAAUACAAAAAUCUUGUCUGGGAGGCUAUGGGCAUGGGCUGGUGCUGUAUUUGAGGGGAAAAUUUGUCUUUUUCUUAUUUAUAAUUAUUUGUAAUUUUUUCUAUAGUUAAUAUUAGUAUCAGUUGGGGUAGGGAAUCAAUAGUUGAAGAUGUCUUUGUGAUGUUACGUAUUCUCUUUUUGUAGCCUUGUUAUUAUUUUUUUUUUUUUUUUGGCAAUUCAAGUCAUGUUUGGUUGAGGGGAAAACAAAUAUAGAAAUUUAUUUCUUUUUAGUUGCAAUUUAAAGAUUUUGCAUGCCAUUAAAUAGUAGAAUUAUUAAUACAUUUUUAUUAUUUUGGUAUAACGGCUAUUUCAACAGAAAAAAAAAAAGAAACCAGUCCAAUAUGAAUUGUAUUCCGAUCUUAUUAUGAUUCGUCUUAUUUUAU